ACAUUUUGACUUGUUUCCGGACGGACUGUAACAUCGAGACUCAGGAGGACAGUCAGUGGAAAACAUGGCGUUCAAUUUUGGCGGCGUUGCCGCAACAAAUCCUGCUAGCACUUCAGGAUUUUCAUUUGGUUCAUUCGCUGCCAAAACAUCAGCGCCCACCGCAUUUGGUUUUGGUGCUCCCACAACAGCUACAGCUUCUUCCGGAUUCGGUAGUUUUGGUACAGGGUUCGGUGCUCCUACCACAACUACUACCCAAUCCACUGGGUUUAAUUUUGGCAACACGACCACAGGCCCGUUGGCAGGAUUUGGGGGGCUGGGUGCGGUCAGCACCACGGCUGGGGGUUUUAGUUUAGGAGGGUUUGGCAUUAAUGCCAACCCAGCUGCUGUCAACUUUAACGUGGGGGGUUUUGGGGCUCCCACCACCACAACCACCGUUUUCAAUUUCGGCAAUAGCAUUGCUAGUGCAGGCACAUUUGGAGGGUUCGGGACCACCACCACUUCUGCUGCCCCCGGGUCGACAUUUAGUUUUGCCACACCCUCAAACACUGGAGGUGGCUUGUUUGGGAAUCCUCAGAAUAAGGGCUUUGGCUUCUCCUCUGGUCUGGGCGCCGGGGCCGCUGCGCCGGCCGGCUUUGGCACAGGCUUGACCGGGGCCGGGUUGGGCUUUGGAUGCUUCAACCUGCCAACGCAACAGCAGCAGCAAGGAGGUCUUUUUGGGCAGCAAGCCCAGGCUCCAGCACAGUCCAACCAGCUCAUAAACACAGCUAGUGCCCUGUCAGCGCCUACCCUGCUGGGUGAUGAACGCGAUGCCAUCCUGGCCAAGUGGAACCAGCUGCAGGCGUUCUGGGGCACAGGCAAGGGCUUCUUCAACAACAACAUCCCCCCGGUGGACUUCACCCAGGAGAACCCCUUCUGCAGGUUCAAGGCAGUGGGCUACAGUUGUACUCCAGGGAGUAAGGAUGAGGAUGGGCUGUUGGUCCUGGUGUUGAACAGGAAGGAGGCCGACGUUAGGGCCCAGCAGCAGCAGCUGGUUGAGUCCCUUCACAAGGUGCUGGGAGGACACCAGAACCUCUCUGUCAAUGUGGAGGCUGUCAAAACCCUGCCUGAUGACCAGACGGAGGUAAUCAUCUACUUAGUGGAGCGCUCGCCUAACGGCACGUCCAAGCGGGUUCCGGCCAGCACACUCUUCAGCUUCGCAGAGCAGGUCAACGUCAAGGUCCAGUUUCAGCAGCUGGGCGUGCUAAUGUCCCUCACGCGCACUGCCCUCUCCCCAGCCCAGCUCAAGCAGCUGCUCCAGAACCCACCUGCAGGUGUGGAUCCUAUCAUAUGGGAACAAGCCAAAGUGGAUAAUCCUGACCCUGACAAGCUGAUCCCUGUGCCGAUGGUGGGUUUCAAGGAGCUGCUCCGUCGGCUGAAAAUCCAAGACCAGAUGACCAAACAGCACCAGACCAGAGUUGAUAUAAUUGCUAAUGACAUCAGCGAGCUGCAGAAGAACCAAGCAACCACAGUGGCCAAAAUCGCUCAGUAUAAGAGGAAGCUGAUGGAUUUGUCCCACAGGGUGUUGCAGGUGCUGAUAAAACAAGAAAUCCAGAGAAAGAGCGGCUACGCCAUCCAAGUGGACGAGGAGCACCUCAGAGUGCAGCUGGACACCAUCCAGUCUGAACUCAAUGCCCCUACUCAGUUUAAGGGCAGGCUGAAUGAACUGAUGUCCCAGAUCCGCAUGCAGAACCACUUUGGUGCGGUCCGCUCAGAGGAGAGGUACAGCGUGGAUGCCGAUCUGCUUAGGGAGAUCAAACAGCAUCUGAAACAGCAACAGGAGGGUCUAAGCCACCUGAUUGGCGUCAUUAAAGAUGAUAUGGAAGACAUCAAACUCAUCGAGCAUGGUCUCCACGACAGCGUUCACAUACGAGGGGGCAAACUGAGCUGACAGUCUCGUACGCACACAUACAUAUGCCCUGGAAACUCAACCUUCAGACUUCUCCAUCCUUAACAAUAAACUUUUGAUAAUGUGAAAAAUAUCCAUGCAGGUUAAGUGCCUUGUUAAGAAUGUCUUGGUGGGAAUGGUAUCGGGGUUGGUUGAUUCAGACAUAUUUGGUCAGGAUCGAUGUGAGAACUUGCUUUUAUUUAUUAAAUGGGUUUACCGUUUACUGCAUUCCAACCAUCUCUGACUGAGAAUACAACUCCUAGUCUAUUUUGAUAUACGCAGGGGCCUAAACUUUAGCUGUGAGAAGUAGAGGGUUUUUUUAAAGGUCACAUGCAAAGGCAAUGAUGGGCAAUACGAAACAAGAAGAAACCGCAUAGUUUUGCCAUGAUUAUUCUGUAAAUACAUGUUUUAUUGCAUUUAAAUCUGUUUUUAUGUACGAUAAUUGGCAGGAAAAUGAGCUUGUAUUGGUUAAAUAAAGAUGUAGAGGUUGUAAUA